CCCCCUAUUUCUCUGAUCCCCAGUCUCAACAAUAACAUGCUCACAGAUUCUUGUGCCGACGAUCUCAGCUCCAUUCUAAGUACAGGUCGCUCACUGACCGUUGUGAACCUGAAUGACAAUAAAUUGGGGGAUUCAGGAGUAAAAUUGCUGCCAGCAGUUCUAAGGAAUCCAAACUGUAAAAUACAAAAACUUGAGCUUCGUGACAACUGUCUCUCAGAAUCUUGUGCUGAGGAUCUCGCCUCUAUACUCAACACAAGCCAAUCUCUGGCAGAACUAAACCUCGGAAAUAAUAAGUUGAAACAUUUAGGAGUGAAACGACUGUCAUUGGCUCUGAUGAAUCCUCAUUGCAAAAUACCGAAGUUGUUGCUGUUCAGAAAUGGUCUGACAAAAUCUUGGUGUCCAGGUUCUCAAUUCUGCUGUCAGUAAAAACCAGUCUUUAAUGAAACUGAACGUGAAUAAUAACAAUUUGGGAGAUUCAGG